UAAAUAAAUUUUUAAUAAUAUUUAAGUAAAUUUAUGAACAUUUGAAACACGUAAUAUGAGCAUGCUCUUACCUUACUACUGUAAGCAAAGAAGAGAGGGCAGUUUGUUUUUUACGCGUAAGAAACUUGAUUGAAACUAAAAACUUCAACAAUGUCUAUGCGUCCAGAUGAUCAUAGAAGAAAAUGGAACAGAGAAGAGUACGAAAGAAUAGCACUUCAGCGUCUCCAGGAUGAAAUUGCUGAAGAAGAAUUGGGCAUUCCCAAACAACCAGCCGUAAAAAGGGAAUUGCUCAAACAACGAGAUUAUAAAGUUGACCUUGAAUCUAAAUUAGGGAAAAGUGUUGUUAUUAAUAAAAACACACCAUCUUCUCAGACUGGAGGAUACUAUUGUAAUGUUUGCGAUUGUGUUGUGAAGGAUUCAAUUAAUUUCUUAGACCACAUCAAUGGAACAAAACAUCAGCGUAAUUUGGGCAUGUCAAUGAAGAUCGAAAGAUCUACAUUGGAGCAAGUUAAAGCCCGAUUUGCAAUGAAUAAAAAGAAACUGGAAGAAAAAAAGAAAGAUUAUGAUUUAGAGCAAAGAGUAAAAGAAUUGAAGGAAGAGGAAGAAAAAAUUAAAGAAUACAGAAAAGAGAAGAGAAAAGAUAAAAAAAGAAAAAUUGAAGAAAUCAGUGAUGACAAUGGUGGACCUUCUGAUGAAAUGGCAGCAAUAAUGGGUUUCUCAGGUUUUGGUUCUAAAAAGAAGUGACAGUGAAAUAUUAUCGGAUUAUCUAUAAAACAAUGCCUUUUGAAACUUUACUCUUAGAGAAGAUUGCAGUGUUAGGUAUUCGUUUUUUUGCAGAACGUUUCAUUUGACAAUUAACAUUGAACAUUACAAGAUCAGGGAUAAAUAAGACUGAUCUUAAUAGGAACAUUGAUCUUUUAUAUAAAUAUUUAUGUUUAUAACACGUUCAAUAAUUUAAUUUAUUCCCUUUUUCUUGUAUGGUCAAUGUUUUGAAAGUACGGAUACUUUUUGUAUUUGUAUUCGAUACGAUAAAUAAUACUUUUUUAAAUAUCAUGAAAGUAUAUUGAUUUAGAAAAUAAUAAAGACAGAGCUAUUAUGAAAGUUAUGGGAAGUAGCUUUGGCCUGAUCAAUCACUUAUUGUUAAUCUAAUUUAGAGUAAUCGCAACGCUACAAAUCAAGCUUUCAAAAAUAUAUCUAUUUACAGUUUUUCUGGACCACUGAUGUAAGAAAUAUUAUUUAAACGAUGUUUCCUGACUUGUCAAUAAAAAAGUGUAAGAUUUUAUAA